CUCACUUUGUAUAAACACUAUAUAUAGCUCAUUUUGAUUAGUUAACAUACUUGUAAUAUAUAAAUACACGUUAUAGGUAUAAAUUAUUUUCACCUGAAAGAGAGCGAAAGAGAGAGAGCAUGGGUGGCAAGGAGGACCAUGGUGAGCAACAAGAGCAGACUUCAACUGAGGGAGAGAAUAAGAAUGGUGAAAUACAAAUUAGUAUGCCCAGCAAUGGGGAACAGUAUUCGUCCAUUGCUAAGCAACAACAUCAAAAGACCUUACCAGGAUGGGGUUGUCUCCCGUACACGGCGAGGAGAAAGUCGGGGAAAACUCCCAUUCGUCAUGAUGAACAAGAGCAGCCUUCGACUCAGGAAUUGAGCUCUAGCUUCACCAAUGCUUUGAAGAAUCUGAGUCAAGAUGAUAAAGAACUGAUAAAAGACAUUGACAAACAACUAAAAAUUGGAGAAGAUGAAGAUAAUACGAGAUCACAGUCGCGUACUACGAAGAUACAAAAGGUUCCAAAAAUCAUCAAAACAAGAAAGAUAUAUAAGGUUGAUUACAUUAAGCCAAAGGUGAUUGCAAUCGGUCCUAUUUACGCUAACGAUGAGAAAUUGAAUAAUAUUGUAGUCAAGCAUAGAUUGGCAGCAAGAUUUAUUAAAGAUAGCGGCAAAUCUGGGUACGAGUUACUCGAUAAAUUCAAGCAACAAAUCGAAACUGAUGAUGAUAAACUAGAGGAUCUCUUUGAAAGCAAGAUAGUAGGUGAUCUGAAUGAUGAACUGAAAGACAAUAAAUUGAUCAGGAUGUUGUUUUUGGAUGGGUGUUCAGUACUCCAAUUUAUAGAUAGUUAUGUUAAUAAUGACAUAAAAGAGUCUGAUGGGAUUAGCAAUGGCAAAGCAGAUCAGAUUCUUCAUGAUUUGUUUUUGAUGGAAAACCAAAUUCCCUUUAAAGUACUCCUGAUAUUGAUGAGGUUGAGUGAAAAAGAGUUGGAAUUGGCAAUAUUAAAUCUCUAUCAUUUUGUUUCUAUGAACAUUAUGGCACCAACAAUAUAUAGUAAACAAAGGCUCGAUCAGAAAAGAAAAUAUUUAUCACAGAAGAAAGAUAAGAAACAAGUCUUUGGAGAUAAUAACAUGCCUGUUCAUCUUCUUGACCUUCUCAGAUCCGAGCUCUUAUUUGACGACGACCGUACUGAAAUGGCUGAGGAGCUUUCAUCAGCAACAAAAGAAGAAAAAAAAGAGGGUGGAGAUCGUGCUGAAUUGUUUUCCACUUAUUACAAACGGUCAUUUCGCAAUGUUGAAGAUCUUAAGGAAGCUGGCAUAAAGUUAAAGCCUGAUUAUUCUAGUGGCCUGAGAUCUGUAUCUUUCUCAUCUAGAUUUCAUGUUUUCGGUCAACUCAAGCUUCCACCGUUGAUUGUGGAUGAGUCAACACCACAAAAGUUGUUGAACUUGGUUGCUUAUGAAAUGUGCCCAGGUAACAAUAAGAAAAACUACGCUGUGACUUCAUAUUUGAGAUUGUUAGAUUCACUCAUCGACAGUGAAGAAGAUGUUAAACACCUGAGGUCAGCACAUAUACUUCGAAAUAAUCUUAGUAGCGACAAAGAAGUAGCUGACUUGUUCAACAACAUAGGCAGCAGCUUGGUGCCCCAUGACGCUUAUUUGGACGUCAAAAAGGAUAUACAAAAGCACUACGAAAGAAAGUUGGUUAAUUGGAAAGCUCAGUUCUACAGAGAACACUGUAGAAAUCCAUGGACUAUCUUGGCUGUUUUGGCUGCCAAAACUGCUUUGAUAUUAACAGGGAUUCAGACUUAUUACUCUGUCCAUCCUAAAAAGGAGUAGCUAGUGACCUCGACCAUUAAAUUGGAACGAUCGAGUAUUGGCUGAUAUCAGAACCAACAAAGGCUACUGGAAUUAAGAUGAAAAUUUGCUCAUCUUUGAUGGUUAUUGAUGAUCUUCUAUUAAUUAUGAAAGCAAAGUUGUAAUAUUUAAUAAUUGGACUGUAUUUUGUUAUGUAGGUAUAUAUUUAGUUAACGUAUGUUUAAAAACUUCUAAUAGCUUAGUUGAAUGGACCUGGUUGGCAUAUGUAUCAAACGUAUAUUGUUUAUUUUUAUAAGUGGAAGCUAUUUUUUUU